AAUUCCCCAGACUUUCGGGGGGUUGGAAUUUGGACAUUCUGGUGUCAAACUUGGAAUUUAUCUACGACCUUGGCACCGUCCGAAAGCAAAGACAAAGUAAAACAAAUCAAUAAAAAAAAACAACCAAAAUACAGCUAAAGAGGAUUCAGCAACGACGACGGCGCGCAGAGAGCACAACCCUCGAGCGACGCCACCAUGGACUCCCGGUCCCUAAACACAAAAUCCUCGGUCGAGACAUUCAUCUCGCUCAUGCAGCUCGACCCGGCGCCCAUAGAAACAGACAAAGACCUUCCGCCGCUGCCAGAGGAGGCUGCCGAUGCAGACUCGACUUCAGCUGCGUCCGUCACCAAUACUUCUGUGUCGGGAAGCACAGGGUCUUCACUCGGCCUUAGCGGGAGUGGACAUGGCGCAGUCUUCUACUUGGCACGCAUUCAACGCUACUCAUCCUACGCCUUUUCCAUCUUUACGACCGUCCACCUCGCCACCACAUCCAUCGUCCCCCUCCUGACGCGAUCCGUCUCCUCUUCUGAAUCAUACCUUCUCCUGUCGCGAGAGAUAUACCAGACUCGAAUCUCGGAGCCCCUCCUCGUCGCCGCCCCGUUGGCCGCCCACAUCCUCUCCGGCCUGGCGUUGCGACUGGUGCGCCGGUCGCAGAACCUGAAGCGCUACGGCGGUGCCACGCCCGGCGUCAUGGUGCCGGCCAAGAGCCGCGGCAGGGGCCGGGAGCCGAGCGCGUGGCCCCAGCUCACAUACACGGCGGCGGCGGGCUACGGUGCCGCGGCGGCCGUCUUCGCCCACGCUUUUGUCAACCGCGGCCUGCCGCUGCUGGUCGAGGGUGAUAGCGCCGACGUCGGGCUGGCGUACGUCGCACACGGCUUCGCGAGGCACCCGACCAUCGCCUGGCUUUCUUACACUUCCCUCCUCGCCGUCACGGCCGGCCAUGUGGUGUGGGGUUGGGCGCGCUGGUUGGGGCUGGCGCAGGGUGCUGCGUGGGACAGCAGUGCGGCUGUCGUCGGGCGGGACGUGAGGAGGAGGAGGAGGCGGUCCUGGCUGUUGAUCAACAGUGGUGCGCUCGUCGGGGCCCUCGUCUGGGCGGCUGGUGGACUGGGGGUUGUGGCGCGCGGUGGGAGGAGCCGUGGCUGGGUCGGUGACUUGUAUGACAGCAUGUUUCAGAAGGUUUGGUUGUGA